GUUGAUAGAUUUACAACAUACAAAUUAUCUUUUUGGUUUGAUUUUGAGGUCAGUGUACGACUGAAGAAGCUAUGGCUCUGACUGGUAAUUUGGAGGUUGAAAUUGAGAUACAGUCACCAGCCAUUGAGUUCUUCAACUUCUUCACUAAGCAACUUCACAAUCUUCCCAACGCCACUGGCAGUGUUCAUGGAGGCGAGCUUCAUCAAGGAGACGACUGGCACGCCAUUGGAUCUGUGAAGCAAUGGUCUUAUACUGUUGACGGUAAGGUGGUGACAUGCAAGGAGAGAAUUGAAGAGAUUGAUGAAGAGAACAAAUCACUGAAAGUGGACUUCUUCGAAGGAGAUGUUAAGGAGCAACACAAUAGUUUCAAGUUCAUAAUAAAAGCCACCGACAAGGAAGGAGGUGGUGCUAUUGCAAAGUGGAGCUUCCAUUAUGAGAAGAUCCAUGAUGAAAUCUCAGAUCCUAAAGGCUACUUGGACAUGGCAGCUGCCGUUACAAAAGAUAUUGAUGCUUAUCUUCUCAGUGCACAAAAGGGAAAAUAAUGAACAAGAACAAGUCAAACAUGCAUGGAUCCAAAGUACGUGUGAGAUUAAUGAGUAAACUGACUUAAAAAAUAAGCUAUGCAUUGUGGUGUAAUCUGAUGUUGAAAGUACGUAGUGUGUGAUGAAGUAAAGAAUAAGGUCUGUGCUGUUGAGUUCAUCACGCAGCACUGCGGAAUCGUAUGUGUCAAAAGUGUGCCGAAUGCUUUUAUCCAUGUAUUAAUUUAAGGCGCGCGCGCGCGUGUGAAAAUUAAGUGAAUUAAUAUGCUUUUACUGUGAUGUAGUUGUCUUGAGAUGAAUAUGUAGCUUUGAGCCUUUGAAUCUUUAUCUGUUGAAUUAAUUAAGCCCUAUGUCCGAAAAUUGCUUUUGCAAA